AUGCGGCCAGGUUACAGCUUUAAGUGCCAGCAAUUGAUCGAUUGCCAGUUCACAACGCAACCGAAAGGCAUUGGCCCUUUUGUCGUGGCGCACGACGGUCUCCAUCUGGUGGCACGUAACUUCAAUUUGUUAGUGGUUCUCAGCAAUACUGAUUUCGAUAAAGUUCGGGGAUAUCACCAGGAUCAUGAGGUUUGGUGCUACACUCCAGCAACAAAUCGCUGGAAACUGGAUGAGGGUUUCAAGCUCGAGCUCCAUCACUUGGGCAUCAAAGCAUUUCUGAACACCGGCGGAAAUGAGCUAUUGAUCUACUUUGCCGACGAUGAAAAUCCAAGGAUCGGAAAUGGCUUUGUGGUCCACUCUAUCGACGGCACAAAUGCGAUAUUACGGGCCGACAAAGGCGUUCUGCCGAGGACAGAUUGUAGUGCAGCAUAUGUGUCGGAUCAGCAUUUUAUGUACGUGAUUGGUGGCAAAUUGAACUUAAUCCCUGUAUGCGAUGUGCAUCGCUACGAUUUCCACAAGAGGCUGUGGCAGGUGCUCUACCAAAGUGAGCUGAACAAUCCCUUCGACUAUCCCAAGGGACGCUUUAACCACCAAGUGAUCACCGAUGGCAAGUUCAUCUAUUGUCUAGGCGGCGGCGACUUUGAUAUGCAAUUGCACGACUUCAAGCACAUUCUCACCUUCAAUCUGACCACCCACACUUGGCUUGAGCGUGACACCCAGCCCGAUGAGCGCAUGCUAGCGGAGAACGAAGGCUAUCCGAGGGGACGUCAGGAGUUUGCAUGUGUGCAACGACGUUGCUCCAACGGCGACAUUGAAGCCAUCAUCUGUGGCGGCCAGGAGGCGGAAUUCUUUAGCUACCUGUCCGACAUAUGGAAGCUCAAUGUGUGCACCAUGGAGUGGACGCAUCUUACCGCCUGCACACCGUUACCCACGUACAUCUCAUCGGCCGCGCUGAUAAGGAACGCUUGCUUGUUCAUCUUAGGUGGGGAUAAGGAUAAGAGUUGGUCUCCGGUUCCCAGUGUGUCGGGAGUCUACAAGAUGUGGCUGACGGUGCCGAAGCUAAGUGAAUUGGCCUGGGAAGCAUACAGCUACUAUAACGAUAUCGAGGAUCGCGAUCGUCAAGAGUUGAUCAAUUUGGGCAUUCCAUCGAGAUUUGUUGAACGCCUGCCUCCUGUCGAGCCGAGUUCCGAGGAUGAUUUUGAUUUUUAA